AUGAUCCUCACCCUAGAUACCGCUGUUGCUAAGUAUGAUUCUGAUAAUAUUGGCAUUUUUUUCAGAUACGAUAAUGGUACAUUUCCUUUUGGAGAUCUCAAUAAUGGCACUCGAUUAGAAAUUGAUGCAGCUACAUCAAGUUACAGUAUUGUAAGUGUUCCUCUCGGUGCUGUUAGUGUACUGUUAGGCUAUGGGAAUGGAGAGUUUGCACCUCAAAAAACGUUAUCCGUCGGAUCUGAUCCCCAUAUUGUGGUCCUCUAUGAUUUCCGUAAUGACACCAUACUUGAUAUUGUUGCAGUUAGUUCUGGCGCUAUUGCAUUAAGCAUCAUGUUUGGUUGUCGAAAUAUUGUCUUUCGACGAAAACCGAAAAUGCUUGCCGGCGCUAUGGCUCUAUCGCAAUCAUUCGCCAUUUCUACUUUAAUAAUGAUACAUGUUAUAUGUUGGGCGGAAUGCGCGAAUGAAAUAAUUAUUUCAGGUCGCCAGUGGUCUGUUAGUGAUGGAGAAGCGCGAUCAAGCGGACGAGAGAAAGCUGUGAGUAGUAUAGGCAAUUCUGUGAGCGGUUGCGAUAAGACGCCAGCACAAUGGAGUAUUUCACCAGUUCUUCCUGUGAAAGCCAUAUUUACACCAUCAGAUAUCUGA